UCCGUUAUAAAGUUUUCUCAUCUCGACCGGAAGAUUUAUCAAGCAAAGGUUGCGAUAUUCUUAUACGACUUCACAUCCGCCACGUCGGUGAACAGCAAGCUGAAUCAGGAAACAAAGCACAUCUACAUCCUGCAGAAUGCUCUGAAGAAACCUCCGAACGUGACAAAAAAGUUCUACAGUUCCACCGUUUCGCCCGAAGUGAAUAGCACAAACAUUCGCAUCGAGAGCCGCUCGGACAAUGAAAAUCCUGGGAAUCCUUUCUUGUACGAUGAGACUGACGAGUAUAAAGCGGCCGAUGCUGAGAUCAGAUCGCAGAACUUGAAUAAUUUUAAAUUGCGUAAAAGAGUGCUGAAAUCGGUUGAAAACAACGAGGAAGCGGAGGGUAAACAGUUGUUCGACAAUCAUGCGCUUGUUUAUCGUGUGAGACAUAGGCACAAGCAUCCUGAUUCGAGCGAAGAAGUCGAAAGUUCAGAAGAGAGUCGACCAGUGCCUUUCCAUUGGGAAUUGAAAACACCUCAACCAACAGCUUUCAAGAGACCAAGGUACCCUCAGUUGUCUCAGUACAGAUAUCCUCACGCCUCCAGAAACAUUCAAGAUAUCAUUAAAUACUUGACGAACGAUGCUGAAACACCGAAUCGGGGUAUCAAGUUCACUGGGGUUUACGUGAACCCGAAGAAAUAUGACAUGAUGUCGGAUCUUGGGGGAAUGAUGUCUAACGAUAGGUCAGAAGAGGACGAUGAUUCUUAUCCCAUGAAUGAUGAUCCGUUUUAUCAGUACAAACCGAAACAUCCUGCUGACGUGAAUCUGUUGGCUACGUCAAACUUCAGGUUCUCGCCAACAGGACUCUAUAGAUACAACUACGAUGCACAUGGACGACCACUGAACUACAACAAACAACCAGCACUCGAUGUUCAACUGGAAAAUUCGGGUUCCUACACGAACAGUUAUUCGAAACGAAGAAAACCGAAGCCGUUCAGCGUUAUGUUAGAUAUUUACCCGAUUUCAGACAUCAUGGAGCAAAAUAAGAAAAUAACGAGGCCGAGACAGGUUCCUAUGGAGGACUAUGAUCUGAGAAGACCGAUUCAGUUUAAUAGAGGACCGAAAUUUUAUGCCUCUCCUCCUCAGCCCAUGACAGGUUUGUCGAAUCAAGCAAUGACGGAUGAAGAAGAGAGACAGCAAAUGAUAUUUCACUUAAAUUUGUAUCCAAGGAAGAAGAACAAAUUGAGCAGACACGACAUAAUUCACAGAUCCGAGUCCAUGGAACCCGCAGAGCAACAACAGUUCGUUAACAAAGUUUGGUCACCGCUAGAAACAAUCGCCAAACAUAUAGCCGUUGAACGAUCAAAAUUCGUGAACAACGAAAUGGAGGACACUUUAGCGUCCAAUCGAUAUCAGGAAACGAUUCUCGACGCAGAAAACGAGACAAAAAAGUUUGAGCAGACAAACGACUCUUCUAGUCUAAACGAUUCAGUUCCAUUUAAUCACAAACCCAUUCUUGAAGAAGAUUACGCUAACACGGACAAGUACGAGUUCGAGGCCCAAAAGAUCGUGGCUACAACUACAGAAAACGAGUGCGUAGAUUGCGAUACUACGGUCGCUUUAGAAGAGACGACUACUAAUGACUCGAAGAAUGCUGAAGAAAUUUCGAAAGAUGUCGACACCAUUGAGGGAUUCAAACGAUUUAGCGAUAGCAUCUCCGGAACGAAUUGAGAUGAAUCUGUCGUUGUAGAUAAGAUGAAUAAUGCGUUGAUAAGUACAUGGAUGUUUGUUAAUAGAUGUAAAUAGCUGUCGAAUGUUUCGAUAAAUUAAUUUCAAUUUUUAAGACCUUGCCCAGGUGGUUUGAUGCAAGACUUAAUUUUGAAGGUGAUAUUUUGGAAGCUCUGAAACGUUUAGAUGUUAUUCGAAACAAAUAAUUAAAUGAGAAAUAAUAAAGUCUGUUAGUGUGUUUUUCAUUUUCUCUUUUUGCUUUAUGAAGUACAUUCUUGA